AUGCUGGAUAAGGCCACCCUGCUCCUGUUCAUGCAUUUAGUUGCAUGCUCCAUCUCCUCUCCUCUAUACCCAGCUCUCAGGUACAAUCCAGGGCCAGUUGCUGGGAAGGCCGUGAACUUCCAGCUACAGCACAGCAGACCAUUGCAGAGCCAUAGUCCCUUAGCAGAGGAACAGAAGGAGGAGGGUUUGUUAACAGACCCCACUGAGAAAAGGAUGCAGCGCCAUGCUGAUGCUAUAUUCACUGACAACUACCGGAAAUUCCUGGGGCAGAUUUCCGCCCGCAAAUUCUUACAGACCAUCAUUGGCAAGCGGCUUGGAAGCAGUGAGAGCAGCCCAGGAGAAGGGGUGCACGAAUUUCUGACAAGGCGCCAGUCUGACAGCAUUCUGAUGGACAGCCGCUACCACCAACAGAUGGUACUAAGGGACUUCCUGGGAGCCAUUCUGCAGAAUCAAAGGCCUCAGGACAUCACCAGCAGUCGGUUAGAAGGCUUUCCCAGCACCUUGGCUAAACUCAUGUAA